AUGCCCGCCCGCAAGCGCGCCGCUUCGCCGUUGGCGGACGAGCCCCGCCGGCGAUCCGGACGGGUCACGAAUACGCCCAAGAAGAGCAAGUACUUCGAGGAGGAUGAUGACGAGGACGAUGACGGUGAUGAGGGGUUUGAUGUCAAGAAUGGUGGGCAGGAGAGUGAGGUCGAUGAUGAUGAAGAAGAGGAGGAGGAGGAACAGCCGAAGAAGAGGGGACGAGGACGGCCCAAGGGCGCUGUUGCGAAGGCUAAGCCCAAGCCCAAGGCGAAGGCCCCGGUGAAGAAGGUUGUCAAGAAACAAAAGGUCGAAGAGACCUCGGACGAUUACCAAGACGAGCAAGCUGAGGAAGAGGAUGAAGAAGACGAGCCGGAGGAGGACGACGAUGACGAGGACCGGCCGAAGGUUACCAUUAUUCCCCUGGAGAAGAUGAGGGGCCUUGAUGGUGUUGAGUACGCCGAGGAGAGGCUGCACAAGAACACGUUGCUGUUCCUGAAGGAUCUGAAGGCGAAUAACGUGAGGUCUUGGCUCAAGAGCCACGAUGGCGAGUAUAGGCGCGCCUUGAGGGACUGGCAGUCGUUCGUCGAGACGAUCACGGAGAAGAUCACCGAGGUCGACUUCACCAUCCCCGAGCUGCCCGUCAAGGACGUCAUCUUCCGGAUUCACCGGGACAUCCGGUUCAGCAAGAACCCGACGCCAUACAAGCCUCACUUCUCCGCCGCAUGGUCCAGGACGGGCAAGAAGGGCCCGUACGCGUGCUACUACAUCCACCUCGAGCCCGGCUCGUGCUUUGUCGGCGGCGGGCUGUGGUGUCCCGAGGCCGAUCACCUGCGGAAGCUCAGAGAGAGCAUCGACGAGCGGCCGCGGCGGUGGAGGAGGGUCCUCAACGAUGAGCGGUUCAAGAGGACGUUCUUGCCCAAGGCGGGGAAGAAGGGCGGGGACGAGGCGGCGUUGUUGGCGUUUGCGGAUGUGAAUAAGGGGAAUGCGUUGAAGAAGAAGCCCAUGAAUUACUCCGCCGACCACCGCGACAUUGAGUUGUUGAAGCUGCGCAACUUUACGAUCAGCAAAAAGGUUGAUGAUCGGAUCUUUACGGAGGACGAUGCGCAGGAGAAAGUGUGCGAGGUCAUUGCUGCCAUGGAGCCUUUCAUCACCUUCUUGAAUAACAUCGUCAUGCCGGAUCCUAACCUUGAUGAUGACGAGAGUGAUGAGGAGGAUGGGGAUGAGGGUGAGAAUGGGGAUGAUCAGGUCGACGCUCCGCCUGAGGAGAGCGGCGAUGAGGAGGAGGAGGAGGGCAAGGAUUGGAGUACGCACAAGUUCUGA